AUGAGCCAACCACCUUUCGUUGAACGAAACGGAAAUGCAAGACUGGCGUUCAAAAAUCAAGAUUUUGAGUGUUCCUCUUGCAAGCCAACCGGUAGAAAUAAUUAUGAAAUUUACGAUCAAUUAUUGAUGAUCUGUCAACAAAGUGGUCCAAUUUUCGAAAUUGGGUUUGAUGAUGAAUCGUAUGAAGAUCGUGAUCAGAUUUCGGAUGAGUUCAUUGAUAACAGUCAGCAAAAAGAAGUGAACUUGCAAGAAUCGUUAUUUGAAAAUCAAACAACAAAAACAUUAACUGAAAUACAAAACGAAGGCAAGAAAGAUUUAUCAACCUCCCUGAUGAGAGAGGAGGACCUGGAUCAAAUGAGAGUUCAAUUGGACUCUCUUCAACAACAUGUUGCCUGCAAUCACACAGAGAUGAUUCAACUGGUGACUGAAUUUGAAAUUCAAAAACAGGUAAACCAAGAAUUAAGAUCAUCCAUUCACUCUGCUAUUCAAGAAAUUGAGGGUAUUCAGCAACAACUGAAAAUAAUUAGGCAACAUGAAACUUCACAACACGAAGAACAAUUCAAAAUGUUACAAAACGAAGCACAAUUCAUGAAAAAUUCCAUGAACGAAUUGAAAAUAACACUCGACUCAGUUGGAACAGAAAAUUCCUCCUUAACCAUUCAAUUAGAAAGUAUUAACAAAGAAAUUGAAUCUCUGAAGAAUACUCUGAAAACCAUUCAAAACAGUUUACAUUCUCCAAAAAAGAGUGAAAGUUCUAAAAACAUGAAAACGAAAUUGAAGACCCUAACUAGAGAAAAGGAUGAGCUCAUGAAAAAGUUCCAACAAUUACAACAGGAGGUUUCUUCUCAAAAAGAGACGUUGAAAUUGUUUCAGGAGCAAGCUCUCUCGGCAAGUAGUACCAUUGAAGACAAUGCAUGCAAUUUUCGAUCAAGUUUGCAAGUCAUGAAACAUGAAAUGAAUUCUCAAUUGGAAGAUAUUCAAAACGAUUUGGGCACAAAUAAGGAUAACGUUACAGAGAUGAAAGAAUCAUUGAGCAAGUGGAAGGAGGAAUCUGUGAAAGUCGAUGAUGCAAUGUCACAAUGGCAAACUCUUCAGAAAGAAUAUUCUGAACUGAGAAAAUUCACGCUCAAGCUGGAACUCGAGUUGAAAAGCUGCAAAGAGCAGACCUCGUUUUUGAAAGUAUUGGUCAUGGUUGUGAUCAUUAUUUUGGUAGCAUUGAUGGCCAUGGUAUGGAUGUCUAUCUAUGCUGGAGAUGGAAAUUUGCGUUUCUGA